AUGUUGGCGGAAAAGCUUCCCAAUUCCGGCGUUCCGGCCGACGUCUUUUCUCCGAGCAGAAGCGUCUCGCCUGUGCUCCGGUCGGUGAGCCCGUCCAGCGCAAGAAGGGUGGUCGGUUCGCCGGUCGGCGGGGGCCCCCUGGGAAGAAGCGCAUCUAGGAGGGCGGCGGUAUCGUCGGCUGGCAGCAUGGGAAGCAGGUACGGCAGCCCCCUCAGCCCCACCAGCACCAGGUACGGCAGCCCGGGGGGUAGCCCCGGGUCCGGCUGUGGCAGCGGCCGCGACUCCAUGGACACGUGGCGCGUGAAGAGUGGCCCGCUGACCAAGACCAUGGAGUGCACGUUUACCGUCCGACCACGGCCGGGCCACGUGGCAGACGCGACGUCGCCCAGCGCCAAAGUGACGUUCCCGGGCGGACGUGGCGGUUAUGCAAGGACGGUGGAGGAGUUGACGUCGCCGCCCGGGAAGGGGUCCCCCGGCAAAGGGUUCCGGGACCUGCCGAGAUGGGGGUCGAGGGACUCUGCUGAGUGA